UUCCUCAUUCCUUACCACCACGUUGUGCAGCCUCCGAUUACAGGUAAGACCCCUACAACUAUGCUGUGCAGCCUCGGAUUGAGCCUUACAGUUGGGGAAAUGGAGUCACAACCUAAUGCAGGUGUAGAGAAUCAUAAUGGACACCAGACAAAUCAAAAUGAAGAAACAAUCUCACAUCCAUAUGAUUUCAUUCCAGAAGCACCCAAGGAAGUGAAACCAAUAGUUGGUAUGGUGUUCAUUUCUGAAAAUGUUGCGUAUGAUUUUUACAAUGAAUAUGCUAGAUGGUGUGGAUUUAGUAUACGAAAAGGUUCAACGCGGAAUAGUAUGAAAACAGGUGAAACAAUUAUGCGAAGUUUUAUAUGUUCUAAGGAAGGGUAUCGACAUCGUAAGCAUAUAGAAGCAACAGAUCAUAAAAAGAGACCAAGAGCCAUGACAAGAUGUGAUUGCAAGGCAAAGAUUGUAGUUCACAAGAAUGGAUCAGAUAGAUGGGAAGUUAAGACAUUUGUGGAAGCACAUAGUCACAAUUUAAUGAGUCCAAGCAAGGUUCAUUGUUUACGAUCACAUCGACAUUUUACAGAUUCUCAUAAGGUUGUCAUGGAUAACAUGAGAAAAGCAGGUAUUGGCGCAGCUAAAGUGUUAAAUUUUUUUACAAAUGAAGCUGGAGGACCUGAGAAAAUGGGUUUUAUUGAUGAAGAUGCAAGAAAUGCUCUAAAAAUUCAAAGGCGUGACAAACAUGGCAAAAGUGCUCAAGAGUUGCUUCUUUACUUUCAAAAUAAACAGAUGAAUGAUGAUAAUUUUACUUAUGCAAUCCAAAUUGACAAUGAAUGUAGAUUGACAUCUUGUUUUUGGGCAGAUAAUAUUUCAAAAAUAGACUAUGAAGCUUUUGGUGACGUUGUAUGUUUUGACACAACAUACAAGACAAAUGAAUUUGAUAUGCCUUUUGGUCCAUUUGUCGGAGUCAACCACCAUAAGCAAUCUAUCUUAUUUGGUGCCGGGCUUCUGUUUGGUGAAACCAUUGAAGAUUUCGAAUGGUUAUUUCAAUCAUGGUUACAAGCUAUGGGUGGGAAGCUUCCAAAGGCUAUAAUCACAGAUCAGGAUCCAGCAAUUGCUGCUGCAAUUGCAAGUGUAUUUCCGAAUACCGAGCAUAGGUUGUGCAUGUGGCACAUUGUUCAGAAGCUUCCAGAGAAGUUAGGUAAAGUAAUUAAUGAGAACCCAUCAUUCAACAAUGAUUGGAGAAAUUGUGUAUAUAUGUGCGAUGAGGAAGCCGAAUUUGAUGCAUUAUGGUCGAAAAUGAUUGUAGAUUAUAACCUUGAAGAAAAUAAAUGGUUACAAGAUUUGUACACAAUACGUAAAAUGUGGAUUCCAGCUUAUGUUAAGAAAACGUUUUAUGCAGGGAUGUCAACGACACAACGGAGUGAAGGCAUGAAUGCCUUCUUUGAUUAUUUUGUAAGUCAUAAGUCAACGUUAUUAGAAUUUGCAGAAGGAUAUGAUCGCGCUUUACAAAAACGUCGGCAUAAUGAGUUGAAAUCGGAUUGUGACACUUUAUAUAGUAUACCCGUAGCAAUAACCUCGAUCGAUAUUGAAACAGAGAUGGCAAAAAUUUAUACAAGAGAAGUAUUUUAUGACUUUCAAGUAGAGGUGAAGGAAAGUGCUUUACUUGUUAAUAAGCUGGUAGUAAGGGAAGGACCAUUAAGUAAAUAUAAUAUAUUCGACUAUAGAAGGAAUGAUAAAAUGUAUACAAUUAUUUGGAACCAUGAUGAACGGGUUGGUUCUUGUACUUGUCAGAGCUUCGAAUUUCGUGGGAUUGUUUGCAGGCAUUUAUUAGUUGUGUUCAAGGAAGAAUCCAUCAUAAAAAUGCCUUCUCAUUAUAUACUUAAAAGGUGGACACGUAAUGCGAAAGAAAAAAAUAAAAGUGACUCAACUCAUUUGUCUUCAAACAUUGAUGAGUCAACCAUUUUGGGGCGCAAUAAAAUAUCUCGUAUGAUGAACUAUUUAAUAAAUGAAGGAACGAGGACUCCAGAAAUAAUGGAACCUGUGUUAUCAGCUUUAGAAUAUUUGGUUGCAAAUCAAUCUAUUGUUUAA